UUAACACCUUUUCUUAAUCUCUCAUUCAGGUAUGGACAUCUCACCCAUUGAUCUGAUCAACAUUGAGAGAUUCUCCACUCGCGUGGUGGCUCUGGCUGAAUAUCGACUUGGGCUGCAGGAGUACCUGCGCUGCAAGAUGGCCCAAGUGGCCCCAAAUCUGGCAGCUUUAAUCGGAGAAGUGGUUGGAGCUCGUCUGAUCUCCCAUGCCGGCAGUCUAACAAAUCUCGCCAAAUACCCAGCCUCCACCGUCCAGAUCCUGGGAGCAGAGAAGGCCCUGUUCAGAGCAUUAAAGACCAAAGGGAACACCCCCAAGUACGGCCUGAUCUUCCACUCGACGUUCAUCGGGCGCGCUGCAGCCAAGAACAAAGGCCGCAUCUCCAGAUAUCUGGCCAACAAGUGCACCAUCGCCUCCCGCAUUGACUGUUUCUCUGAGGUACCCACAAGUGUGUACGGUGACAAGCUGCGCGGACAGGUGGAAGAACGCUUGUCUUUCUAUGAGACGGGCGAUGUGCCACGCAAGAAUCUGGAUGUCAUGAAAGAAGCUGUGAAAGAGGCUACUGACGUCGCAACUGAGAUCAAGCGGAAACUUGAGAAGAAGGAAAAGAAACGCAAGAAGCGUGAAAAGAAGAUGCAAGAAGACGCUGGCGAGACCAACGGUGAAGCUGAGGCAGAAAAUGGCGACGCAGACACAAAGCCAGCGGCCGAGGAGGUGGAGAUGGAGUCACAGAACGGAGCCGAGGAAACCCCACGGAAGAAAAAGAAGCGAAAAUCUGAGGCCGUGGAAGUUGCUGUGGUCGAAGAGGAAACUGAAACACCUUCCAAGAAGAAAAAGAAGCGAAAGUCUGAGGCUAUUGAAGCAGAGCCUGCAGAAGAGACUGAAACACCAGUGUCUGAGAAGAAGAAGAGAAAGAAGAAAGAAACCACAGACUAGAAAAUGUGGUCAAAGACUGAUCUUUAUUUUUUUGUACAGCUUAUUUUUUAUCCAUUUUAUGCUUGAUCCUACACUAGUAAGCAUCUUUAUGUUCCAGCUCGUUUGGCAAGUUAGACUGCAAAGAAAUGAUUAUGACUGUGCCUUGAUGUCGCUUACAUUUAUUUGUACUUUUGUAAAUAGAGAUCAUUAAACUUUGUCAAAAGAGAAACUAACUGUCACGCUUUGCUUAAUGCUCACUUGUAUUAGCAUUUUCAUCAAACCUUUGCCGAGGCUUAAAUCCUGUGGUUAUAAUGUUGUAACCUAACCAAGGCAGUCUUUAAAGCUGUUUUAAGUCCUCCAGCGCCUCUGUUACCAAAGCCCACUUGUGUAUAGUUCCCCAGUGCUUAAAUAUAAACUGCCAAUCGGUAAUUGCACGGAUUUGUAAAGUAUGUCAUCUAGCAAGUGACUUAAAAACCUUUCCUAUCCUUUU